AUGUUGCACGUCCAAACAACAAGACUGGAGACACCUCCUUGUCAAUCGUCUCUGAGCUUUCCGAUCUACGCCACUCUCAAUCCGUGUCACUCCCGUUCUGGUAGUGGUGUUUGUGGAUACAAUAGCUUCUGCACUUUGGGACAGGAUAAGAGACCAACGUGUCAGUGUCCAAAAAGUUACUCUCUAGUUAAUCCUGAUGAUCCAUAUGGUAGCUGCAAGCCAGAUUUUAUACAAGGAUGUGAAGAAGAUGAACUGAGUAAAAGAAAGGAUCUCUAUGACUUUGAGGUUUUGAUUAACACUGAUUGGCCUUUCUCAGAUUCUGUGCUUCAAAGGCCUUUUACUGAAGAACUGUGUAAAGAAGCUUGUAUGGGAGAUUGCAUGUGUUCUGUGGCUAUUUUCAGCUCUGCUAUUCUCAAUGCUGUAUUGCUUGUAGCAAUAUGUUUCAGCACCUCCAUGAUUGUUCAGUACAAGAAGAAGCUUAGAAGAGUUAGCAGAAGUGAAACUAGUGUUGAAACCAAUUUGCGUUGCUUCACUUACGAAGAGCUUGAAGAAGCUACUAAUGGAUUUGACAAAGAGCUAGGAAGGGGAGCUUUUGGUAUAGUUUAUGAAGGAGUCGUCAACAACAACACAUGUUCCGAAACUCGUGUGGCUGUGAAAAAGUUGAACAAUUUUUUGUUGGAUCAAGCUCAUAGAGAAUUCAGGAAUGAACUGAAUGUCAUUGGUCUCACUCAUCAUAAGAACUUAGUUCGUUUACUUGGAUUUUGUGAGGGUGGAAGUGAAAGAUUGCUUGUUUAUGAGUACAUGAGCAAUGGCACUUUGGCAAGUUUACUUUUCAAUGCUGAUGAGAAACAGAAACCAAGUUGGAAACUAAGGCUUGAACUUGCAAUAGGAAUAGCAAGGGGACUUGUGUAUUUACAUGAAGAGUGCAUUACUAGGAUCAUCCACUGUGACAUAAAGCCUUAA